AUGAGUCGAAAGGCGAAGGAGGCAUGUAAUACGUCUUCGGAGCCAAAGUCACGGGCUGACGAUGCUUGGUGGGAUAUGCCACAGCUUAAAGGUAAGGCUAACAGGCUUCGAAUGCUUUGGCAUAAGUUUUACGAUUUGGUGUACAAACGGACUGGUUUUGGUUGGGACCCAACAACAUGCACCGUGACUGCCUCUGAGGAUCGUUGGGCUGAAUGGAUCGCGGUUAAUCCGAGAGAGUCUGGCUUGAAAAAGAAGGGUCUUCCUCAUUUCAAUUUAUGUACUGAGAUGUUCUCAUCUUCUGUGGCCACCGGCAACAAUGCCCGUUCCUCUGCCAUGCCUCCUGUCUCCAACAAUGACAAUGAUGAAGUUGAUGUAAGCUAUCCUGCAAUGGAUACUGGUAAUCCACUCUCAUCCGGGCCCGAGAAAAUUCCAACAGCAACAAGAGGCGUGCGGCGAAAAGGGGGGCAAAGUGAUCGGUUGAAGCGAAUUGAUAAAUGCAUUGAUGCCAUAACCGCUUGCAGUGAAGCCAAAACUCGGAAGCUGGCAAAUAUUUCCAACGAUAAUAUUGAAGACUGCAUGGCUGCGCUGUCUAAAAUGGAGGGACUACCGUGGGAUUUAUUCUUUGCAGCGCAAGAUCAGUUUGUGUUGAAGGUGAGGCGUCAAAUGUUUCUUCUGAUGAGUGAUGAGGACAAGCGUGCUUGGGUAGAAACAUUGAGAAAGUGA